ACUCGAAUGCGACUUAGAACAUAUUGUACAUGUAGCCGCUUCUACAGCAAUGCCAAGCCACCGAGUGCAUUUCUCCACAGUGCACCUUGACUCGGCCCAACACUACUAAACACGCGACCAAUUACACCCCCAUGCGACCAGCGUUACACUCAGAGCAGCCAAGGCGUCUAGCGGGAAGAGGCAAUCAUGGUGUAUCUCAACUCCCCAGAAGAGUGGCAGCGGCAGUCUGCGUUGUUGCUACAAGCACGACCGACGACGACACGCAUAACAACAAAGUACAAGAUACCGAACCUUGAGUCGCCGAAGUACCUGAAGUCAACGAAGCGGAAGCAAGGUGGCGAAACAGAAGCGAAAGAGAAUGCUGCUACCAAAGUGCCGAGAGCCGCUCUUGUUCUGAAGACCUACGACCCAGAGUCCGGUGUAGUGCUCAAGCUCAAGACGGAUAGAGCGGCCGACGUAGGUAGGCUUAUCAACGGGUUAGGCAGGCUUGGGCGGCAUAUGGCAGCGCUACCGGAGAAGGCAGAAGCCUCAAGUAGGCAGCCUGAUGAUACCAGCAAUCUAGCGGCCGUCAAGGACAGCGAAGGAGUGGUCUCGCCGUCCAGUCAGCAAACGCAACAGCCCACGGGAGGAGGGGCCGGCGGCAAGAAGAAGAAGAAGGGAAAGAAGUGA